AGCUGCAGAGGUACCAAAGUGGCAAAGAUUCAAUGCAAGCCUCACAGGGUUCCUUUUGAAGGAGAAGGAAGUCCAAGAUUGGGCAGGUAUGGCCGUCGAUCGACGGAAAAAGUGGAAUACCACAUUUUCGAGCAUGAAUAAUAAACUUCACAUCUAAAACGGUAACAGUAUUUCAAAAAGAGUCUUUUCACACCAAAAGUAUAAUCGAGAGAGUUUGAGGCGUGUUUGCAAAAGAUGGCUCGAUACUUCUCAGAAUACUUGCCGCGUCUCAAAACUACGUCUGUGCAGGUAGAGCUUCCCAGAGACCAGGUAGACUCAGUGGAGGUUAGGGAUGAUUCAGUAGUUAUCAAUUCAAGCAUUGACAUCAAGCUACCUAGUGCAAUACAGUCAAGCCAGGCGUCGCAUGCAGUAAAUGCAGUCUCUCCUGGGCUAACGUCUAUCCGCAUUCGUGACAGACAGGCAGCUUUUCUUGCUAACGAUUCAAUAGAGAGUUUUCUACAGGACCAGUAUCAGUGGAAUAUCAGCAACAUCCAGAAGUAUCAUAUGCACGAUGUGCUGAGAUGCGUCAGCUGUGAUUCGCCUAUCAUUGAUUUAAAGGAGGUGAAAAAGCUGUUGCCGAUGCCCUCCGAACUAUGGUACGAAAUGCUCGAUUUUUGGCAUUGCCAUAAGCCCACUGUUGAGAACAACAAUAUUGGGUUAUUGAAGAAAUUCAACCAAUUAAAGCCCAACCCGAAGACUUUAAUCAUAGGGUCUUACUACUUUAUAGCGAAUCCUGAAGAUUGGGCGAAUAUAGAGGCGUGUGGACAGGAGAAUGAGUCUUUGGAGUGCGGAUGUUGCCAUGAAAUACUGGGGGAGCUUGAUUCUAACAUCGGUAACUAUAAGAUACUCAAAUGGCAGUUGAAGGUCGAAAAUGAACUUUUCAAACCCUUUGCAUACAUUUCGUUGAAGCUUGUCGAGGAAAUGAACUACAGUGCGGUGCGUGUGUUUCAGAUCAUUGAUGAAAAAAGCAAGAGGAGCAUACAAGUGUGGUGUUUCGGGCUAGGAAUCGACAUCAAUGUGGAUACGCUCGGAGUUAUGAAGAACUGCUUGAAGAUACUAUACAAGGAAAACAUGCAGGAAGAUAGUACUUCUAGACUUAAAGGUGGGAACAAUAAUAGUGAGAUCCUUGUAGAAUAUGAGAAAUCCUUUGAUGACUUUUGCAUAUGGCUUCAAAAGGUGAAUCAGGCGUUGCCGGAGAAUUUACAAAAAUAUAACGAUUGGAAUGUAACCUAUAUACCUAUAUAAAAGUUGAAAAGAAGGAAAAUAAAAUCGGAAUCAAUU